UCCGUGUAUCCAGUCAUUCGCUCAGUCGGUGCUACUAUAGAAGUAGCAAACCGUCGAAUCGGACUUGUCAACACUCUCCACAACUGGACUGUAUACAGAGCAGAACCAAAACCCUGAGUGGAGGGAGGUAUAUAUCCUUCGUAUUAUAGCUAGAUAUCUACAUCGUGCUGUGUGAGUUUGUAAACGUCCCCGGUUGAAGACGCUGGGUUGAGAAAUCGUCAAAGAAUUGGGCCAGGGACUUUCAAGCUGCAAAAAAGGACCGUAUGUGAAUAAGUUGUCAGUUGAGAGUAUUCACCAUGAGUAUCAGUGUGGGUGGUUAUGGGCAGGGGUAUGUCCACCCGGGACCCCUAGCGCACGACUUCUACGCCCAGUACCAUCAGCCUCGCUAUACGGACCAAGGGGACGGGACAUACAUCUCGAACUGGAUGAUGGCAAGCCGUCAGGACAUGUCCCUCUCCCCUGGGGGGUCCCCUUAUGCCAUGGUUAACCCAGGCUCCCCCGGGGAGUAUACCCAACAUAUAUCCUACGAUACAGUAGAUGGACAGAUAAGAAUGCGCUGUGUAAAACGCCGAGUGACAGCCAACAAGAAGGAAAGGCGACGAACCCAAAGCAUCAACACGGCAUUCGCGUCAUUACGAGGCUGCAUUCCCAACGUUCCUAACGACACGAAACUUUCCAAAAUCAAAACUCUUCGCUUGGCCACAAGCUAUAUAUCAUAUCUUAUGGAGGUACUUUCUAAAGAUGACCCGAAAUUGGCGGAGGCGGGAUUCAAAGCAGAGUUAGCCAAAAGAUCGGAUAAGAAAAAAGAGGAACAGACGUCUGCUGGUACAGAACUUAGUCCAUCCGAAAAGAAAACCAAAGGUCGAACGGGUUGGCCUCAGCACGUGUGGGCCUCUGAAUUGAAACAGUAAAGCCCGGAUUCCCUGCUUGACAUAACGACAAUAUAGGACUAUACACACUGAAACGGCAGCCCAGCGUCCGGACAUCACUUUCCCGAUAUUUCCCGAGCCGCUGUGCAUUGGUGUAAGGGUGCUUUGGGACACCCAAGGUGUAUGUAUACAUUUGUGUGCACAAGUGUGAAAGGAUCGCCAUAAGGGUGCUAAGUGAGGAACCUACAUGAGGGUUUCAAGGACAUUGCGUAAUUGACGGGCAAUGAUCAUAAGAGUGUCAAUAAACAUUCGUUUAGGUAUAAAGGAGGCUCCACCAUAGUGCAAAGUAAAGACCGCGAGGGUGUCAAGGGAAUGGGGAUUGCGCGUAUAUAGGU